CCCCGGGGUAAACGCGCACUGACGCUCAGCAGUGCGGCCGACAUCCGCGCGCACCCGCAGCACACUUUCCCUCCGCGUACUUGGGAAAUUACACAGCUGGGUGCAAGAGAUCUCGCGUCGUAUAUGUGCUGCGUUUUCAUAAACAUGGAUCCAAUACUCAUUUUUUGAGUCUCCACUUGUGCGUUAAACACUUUGCGCUCCCCGCUGUCUGCGCGUCCUACAUUUCUUUUCUUUUUUUCUUUUUCUUUUUUUGGGGUGGUGGGGGAGGUGUCGACUGGUGCGUCGAGAGUCUACUGAAUCCCAAUUUGGAUGUUUAUUGCUCGACUAUCUUUUUUGGUUUUUUUUUUUCUUUUCCUGAAUCCCUCAUCCGAAUGACAGAGCUCGGGUGCAGCCGAAGACGUGGCUCCCCACUCGGGAAGACCUAGGGCUGAAGUUUGAAGGGUGCAAGGGGGUGGGGGGUGGGUGGGGGGGGUUUGGGUGUGCUGUGCUCAAAGUCUCCCACUGUGCACUGGAUUUGCGACUCUACAUCCGCACGUUGCACAAUAACACAGCGGAUAUCCUCCUCGGUCUCCGCGCGCACAGCCUGGGAUUCAUUGGACUUUGGGAUUUUUAACACGGCGUCUGGAUUUCACCCGCAUCUCCAAAUCAUGAAGAGCGCUAUCAUGGACGGGGGGCGACUCCUUUUUCUGGUGAUGUGGCUGAACCUCGUGCCUCAAACUGUCAGCUGCCCUGCCAAGUGUGUGUGCUACAGCGAGCCCCGGCCCACGGUGGCCUGCCAACAACAAGGACUGUUUUCCAUCCCGACUGAGAUCCCCGUGCGGAGCCAGAGGAUAUUCCUCCAGAGCAACAAGCUGACGGUGGUGAGGUCCACCAGCUUCAGCUCUUGCCACAAUCUCACAGUUCUCUGGCUCUACUCCAACAACAUCAGCUACAUUGAGGCCGGAGCCUUUUACGGCUUGGAGAAUCUGGAGGAACUGGACAUUGGUGACAACAGCAACCUGCGCACCAUCAGCCCUACGGCCUUCCGGGGCUUAACCAAGCUGCACACCCUCCACCUGCACAGGUGUGGUCUGUCAGAGCUCUCUGUCGGCGUUUUCCGAGGAAUGUUCUCCCUACAGUACCUUUACCUGCAGGACAAUAACAUUCUCACCCUGCACGAUGACACCUUUCUAGAUCUUGCCAACCUCACCUAUCUCUAUCUGCACAAUAACAAGAUCAAGCUCGUAACAGACAACAUGUUUCGAGGCUUAAUCAAUCUGGAUCGGCUGCUGCUUCACCAGAACCGGGUUAUCUACGUCCAACAGAGGGCCUUUGGUGAUCUUGGCAAGCUGAAAUCCCUGUUCUUGUUCUUCAACAAUCUCACCGUCUUGACCGGAGAGACCAUGGACGCGCUGGUGUCUCUCCAGUAUCUGCGUUUGAACGGGAACCAGUGGAUCUGCGACUGCCGGGCGAGAACCUUGUGGGACUGGUUCAAACGUUUCAAAGGUUCCAGCUCCGAGUUGGAGUGCAACGUUCCCGAGUUCCUGACGGGAAAGGACUUGAAGCGACUGAAGAGUGAAGACUUGGAGGGGUGUGUGGAAACGCCUCAAAUCCAGACCAAUCUCUUCAGCUCCAAGGGGCAGAGUGGGAAAUUCUCUUCCACCGAAAAUCCUCUUGGAGACACCAUUCCCCGGUGUUGCCUUGGAGACAACGACAAGUCCUCCAUCCUGUCUGGCAAGAGCCGCCAGAUCACCAACAACCCCCUUAAGGAAAAGGAGAACAUGUCUAAGACUAAAUAUAAGGAGCCGGAGCGCACGAAAAAUGAGACCCAGAAUAAGCAGAACGACGGCCCACUGGGAACCUUGUCCAACACCCUGGACAAGUCUUUGGAAAAUCUAAACCCUGACCUUAUAGACAAUCUGGAGUCAUCCACAGCGUCAAACAAAAAGAAAAAGAAGUGUUCCAAAAAGCCCAAAUCCGACGCCCACUGUAUCAAAGGCCGGGGUUCUACUUUGCAAGCGCUGCGUUGUCUCUUCCUUCCCAUGAUCUGGAUUUCUCUAGCCAUGUCUUAGAACUCCUAACCGUCGCUCUGGACACAGAACUCAAGAUUGUUGAUGCUCAUGACAAUGAUAACAGAAGAUGCAGCGACGUCGACAACAGACAGUGACUGAAAGGAGUUGCGUUGACCCAACGUGGGCGUGGACAAACAAAGAUGAUGAAGACGUUAAAGUACAUUUAACAUAAUGGAUGCCUUUUACAGAACACUACAGAUCUAAUGUAUAUAAUGAAUCGGUGCCCACAAUUGUUUUGUUCUCUAUGUACUUAACUGUACUGUGUCAAAGCUACACUCCGGAGUCUUCUCCCCCUUUUCCCUCUCAAAAGCUUUUACUGCUUAGACUGCUCCACCGGAAGAUGGAAAAAAAAAAAUAAUAAUAAAAAAAAACAAGAAAACAAAUACAGGAAAUCAGAGACAGAGAGCACACAAAGAAUGUUGGGUCGGUUUAAUGAAGAUAAACGAUCUCCUCCCCUCCCCCCCCCCCCCACAUUAUUUAUUCAAAGUGAUGCAUUUGUUGGGUGAUGUUAUGUUUUUUAUGUUCAUAAAAGCAAAUGUUUACCCCCUAUUUUAGUUAUAUUUUCAUGAAAGGGUUUAAUGGGUAGCAUUUACCAAAAAAAAUGCUGUCAAUUUGUUUAUGGAGAUUGCAAUGGAACCAUAGAUAUGCAUUUUAUUUUACUUGUGUAUAAGUAUGAAUAUAUUAUGAAUAAAAGUUCUUAUUUCGU